UAAACCUCUACUUGACUUCCGGAUAGACGGGUUGUCCAUUGGGUUUUUGCACGGGCCUGCUUCCUUUCGCUCCGACAUCUUGACGAGGAAACAUGCCUCCCAAGACAGACAAGAAAAAGGAUACUGGGAAGUCCAAGAAGGACAAAGACCCAGUCAACAAGUCUGGAGGCAAAGCCAAGAAAAAGAAGUGGUCCAAGGGAAAAGUGAGGGACAAGCUCAACAACCUGAUCCUCUUCGACAAGGCCACUUACGAAAAGCUGUACAAAGAAGUUCCCAACUACAAGCUCAUCACACCCGCCGUUGUGUCUGAAAGGCUGAAGAUCCGAGGUUCCCUGGCAAGGAAUGCCCUGCAGGAACUGCUCGCCAAAGGCAUGAUCAAGCUGGUGUCCAAGCACAGAGCCCAGCUCAUCUACACGCGAAACACCAAGGGUGGCGACGAGGAGGCAGCACCAGAGAAAGCGUAAUUAGGUUCUCUCGUUUGUUUCCUUUGAUGUGUUCUUUCUAUGGAAGGUGAAUAAAAUGGAAAGACAAA